AUGCCAAUUCGCAUUUGCAUGUGUCGGGGGUGUCGUUGGUGAUACCGUCCACUUAAAUUGAAAUCCAUCCCCAACGAAAGUGAAAUUUGACUGUUCGAAGUAAAACUGAAUUAUUUUAUUUUCGAAAUGGCAAGUGUAUUAAGUGGUAUUAUUUUGGUCACGUUCCUGUGCCUGAGCUUAGCUGCUGACGAAGGCUUCGUGUUGCCAUCUGUCGAGUUCAAGCCCAUCACAAAAUUGGCCGACGAUAUACCGACCUGCCGCCAGAAAGACAGCGACAUUAAUGAGUGCAUUAGGCAGGGCUUUCAGCAGCUAACGCCACGCCUGAAAUACGGCAUCAGCGAUCUGAACAUACCGCCGAUGGAUCCCUUUCAGCUGGGCAAGAGCUCCUACAACUAUAACUCGGGCAUACUGCAGGGCCGCAUUGCCAUGAGGAAUGUGCUGGUUCAUGGCCUGAGCGAGGGUAUUGUCGACAAGGUGGACUACCGUCAGAAGAACAAUCGCGUACGCAUGGAGAUGCUAAGCCAUGUGCCUCAGUUGCUGGCGGAGGGCGCCUACAAGGCGGACAUCAAACUGAACGACAUGAAGAUAACUCCAAAGGGCACCUUCAAUAUUACGCUGGCCGACGUCAGCAUGAAAACCCGCGCCUUGGGCGAACUAUACGAGCGCGACGGUCACACCUAUCUGCGUCUGACUAAGCUCGAGACUGAGCCCAAAGUGGGUGACAUGCGCAUCUAUGCCAAUGGCCUGGUGCCCGACCCGGCGCUGAAUGAUGUCAUACUGGAUUUCAUCAACCAGUACUGGCAACAGCUCUAUCAGUCUAUGCUCCCGGAAACAAUGGCCAUUUGGGAGCCCAUACUGCUCAAGGUGGGCAAUGAUUUCUUUGCUGCCCUCCCCUUCGACUUGCUUGUCACUAAGGAUUAGACUAGUGGCCGUCAAACAUUGUAGUCGGCUCCCUUUCGAAUUAUGGUUAUAUGCUUUCUUCAUGGUGUUUAUUUAGUUUGUAUUCAAAUAAAAUGAUUUUAGAAAUUUA